AGGGAUAUGCUGCAGAAGGAUAAUCUGCUUGUACAGAGGACAGCAAACCUAGAGCAUUUGGAGCAUGAAAAUACAUCCUUAAGAUCACAGAUCACUUCCUACAUAAGAGAACUGGAAAUCACUAAAGAAAAACUGAACACGCUUGAACAAGCCUGGGAACACAUAGGUACACUGGGAGGUAAUGCUACAAUUGACAAAGCUGCCAAAGCGAUAACCAAUAAUGAAAUAAUGUCUAUUUCCAAAAAAAUUACAAUGCUGGAAAUGAAAGAGUUAAAUGAAAGACAAAGAGCAGAGCAUUCCCAGAAGAUGUAUGAGCACUUGAGGACUACCUUAAAACAAGUGGAGGAACGUAACUUUGAACUAGAGUUCAAGUUUGCUGAGCUUACUAAAAUUAAUCUUGAGGCACAAAAAGUUGAGCAAGCACUGAGGGAUGAACUUGCAAACAGUGUGAGCAAAGCAGUGUAUGAAGCAGAUCGCAGAAGAAUACUAGAGCUGGAAAAGAGUGAAGCAGAACUCAAGGUUGAAGGUUCCAAACUACGCAGCCUUUCUGAUAUUGCCAAAGCACAAAUCUCCACACUAGUUAACCGACAGCAGUCAAGAGAAAAGGAGGUGGAGUCUCUGCGGAAACAAGUCUUGGAUUUCCAGGAUCAGAGUGAUGAGAAAGCACUGAUUGCAAAAUUACACCAGCAGAUUGUAGCUCUUCAAGUCAGUGAAGCAACUGCUGUAGCAAAGUUGGAAGCAACAACCACCAAACUGCACAAAUUAGAAGCCUACAGUUUGCGUUUGGAACAGAAGAUUGAUGAUAAAGAGCAGGCAUUAUAUUAUGCCCGGUUAGAAGGCAGAAACCGAGCCAAGCACCUUUGCCACACCAUUCAGACACUGAGAAGGCAGUUCAGUGGUGCACUUCCAUUAGCCCAACAGGAGAAAUUCUCCAAGACAAUGAUGGAGCUGCAGAGUGACAAGAUGAAGAUUGGUAAUGAAAUGCAGCUUGUACAGCAAGACCGGCGGGAUACUGAGACUCGUGCCUUAGAGCUAGAGCUAAAGCUGAAGGGCUUGGAAGAGCUUAUUGCCACCCUUAAAGAUGCUAGAGGAGCUCAGAAGGUUACAGAAUGGCACAAGAAAAUGGAGGAAGUGCGGCUGCAGGACCUAAAACUAACUCGUGAGUUAAAUCAGAAGAAAGAAGAAAUGAAAUAUUUGAAAAAUGUUAUCUCUGAACAAGAGCGAACAAUUACCAAUCUGGAGGAAGAACUUGUCCAGCAAGGCAAAUUUCACGAAGAAGGUCAAAUGGCCUGGGAUCAAAGAGAGGUGGAACUGGAGCGUCAGCUGGAUAUGUAUGAGCAGCAACAACAUGAAGUGCUUACCACUGCACGGAAGUUUGAGGAAGCUACAGGAGUUGUGCCUGAUUCAAGUCUACCCCUACCGCAACAACUUGACAUGGCGCUUCACAAAAUAAAACAGCAUGUGCGCACCAUCCUGGAAACCAAAACAGUAUGCCAAACAUUACAAGAGAAACUUAAAGAAAAAGAAGCUGUCCUCUGGACUGCCGAACAAAAUGUUUUGAGUCGUGACAAAGUGAUAAAUGAACUGAGAUUGCGAAUACCUGCAGUCAUAGACAGAGAGAAGCUGCUAUCCGAGUUUAACCAAAAAGAAGAGGAAUCCGAGAUGCGCCAGGCCUUAAAAGUUUCUCAUCAAACAAUUGAAAAUAUGCAAGCUCGACUUAAUCAAAAAGAAGAAGUUGUUAAGAAAUAUCAACAUCUUUUAUCAAAAGCACGAGAGGAACAACAAGAGAAAGUGAAAAAGCAUGCAGAGGAUCUUAAAGCGCUACAUCAGAAGUUGGAUGUACAUUCAGAUGCCUCACUUAGCAAAUUUAAGGAGGCUGCUCUGGAACUUGUGAAGAGACCCACUCUGGAAGUCCCAUCUACAGCUCACUUACUGCGCUUAGCUGACAUGGAGCAGACGGUGGCUGAACAAGACAACUCACUGUCUGCCCUCUCCAGCAAACUGAAAAGUGCCACCGUAGAAACUGGAGCACCAGAAGCAGAUACAUCUGGCUAAAAUGAGUGAACUGGAAAACCAUAAAGCCAGGCUUGAAGAGAAUUACAUUAUGGAGAUCAAAAAACAUAAGAGUGAAGCUGAGGUUCUAGGAGCACGAGUGUCUGAGAUGGAAAAGGAAAUUAAUUACUUGAAUACUGAACUUGAAGCCCAAAAAGAGGCAAACACCAGAGCUCCAACUGCAACAAUGAAGAAUCUUGUGGAACGCUUGAAGAGCCAAGUAUCCCACAAGGAAAAACAGCAGAAGGCUUUAAGCAAAGCCCUGCUGGCUCUUCGGGCAGAAAUGACUGCUCAUGCUGAACAGCAGAUUAUUUCCGCUGCAGCACAAAAGGAAGAAAAUUUAAACAUUCAGCAGAUUGUUGACAGACAGACCAAAGAUUUAAAGGCACGGAUUGAAGAUUUAAAUGAGCUACAACUAAAGCUUAAAGAGGCCCUAAAAAACUAGCAAGGCUAGAGAGAAUAACCUCACCGAAGACCUUGAAAACCUAAACCAAGAGUUGCGAACAAAGCAGAAAACCCUUAAUAAGCUGCAGAAGGAAAAAGAUGAAGUAGAUAAGGAAAACGAGGAACUGAAAAAAAAGAGUGAAACGUUUGAUGAACAGCAUACAGAGCAAGUCCGAUCUGGACAGUAAACAGAGCAUGAUAGAUGAGCUUCAGAAGAAAACUAAAAAGCUUGAACUGGAGUUGGAGAAGAAAAGUGAAGAAGCUGAAAGAAAACCUGCACGAGAAGAUAAGGGCUCUAAAGAAGAGAUAAUUAGGUGGGAAGAAGGCAAAAAGUGGCAAUCUAAAUUAGAAGGAAUGCGCAGCAAACUACGUGAUAAAGAAAAAGAAGCAGAGUCUCUGACAAAACAGCUGACAACCCUGAAAGAGCUAUAUUCCAAAGCUGACCAGGAAAAAUUAAUACUGCAAAAGAAACUGAAAUCUCGUGGGGUUACUGUGGAUCAAGUAGUUGGGGCCAGAACAGUAGAAUCUGAAAGAGAGAUUGAAGAACUCAGAAAAAAAAAUAA